GCUGUGUAGGGCCUGCCGGUUCCUAGAACUCGGGGGUGGGAAGCCUGCGGGCUGUACGGGGUUACGUGGGGUGUUCUGAGGAGGCGCGGGUACUUACUGAGGGUCCUGCCCUCGGGGCUCCGGCCUGAGGUGGGAAGGGGUUCCGGAGCUGCAGGGAAGCAAGAUGACUUCUCUGCUCCAAGAUUGGAACAGCUGAAGGAAACCAAAGGACAAGAUGAGAACAACAAAGGUCUACAAACUGGUCAUCCACAAGAAGGGCUUUGGAGGCAGUGAUGAUGAGCUAGUUGUGAACCCCAAAGUGUUUCCUCACAUCAAGCUUGGAGACAUUGUGGAGAUUGCUCACCCCAACGAUGAAUACAGCCCUUUGCUUUUGCAAGUCAAGUCACUUAAGGAGGAUUUACAAAAAGAAACUAUCAGUGUGGACCAGACUGUGACUCAAGUGUUCCGGCUAAGACCUUAUCAAGAUGUAUACGUGAAUGUUGUAGACCCUAAAGAUGUGACCCUUGACCUAGUGGAAUUAACUUUUAAGGAUCAAUACAUUGGCCGAGGGGAUAUGUGGCGACUAAAGAAAAGUUUGGUCAGCACAUGUGCCUAUAUCACCCAGAAGGUGGAAUUUGCUGGCAUCAGGGCACAAGCUGGUGAGCUGUGGGUCAAGAAUGAGAAGGUCAUGUGUGGUUAUAUCAGUGAAGAUACCAGGGUGGUGUUCCGUUCUACGUCAGCUAUGGUUUACAUAUUUAUUCAGAUGAGCUGUGAAAUGUGGGAUUUUGAUAUUUAUGGGGAUCUGUAUUUUGAGAAAGCUGUGAAUGGUUUCCUUGCUGAUCUAUUUACCAAGUGGAAGGAGAAGAACUGCAGUCAUGAAGUGACAGUGGUUCUGUUUUCUAGAACUUUCUAUGAUGCAAAAUCUAUUGAUGAAUUUCCUGAAAUAAAUCAAGCCUCAAUUCGACAGGAUCACAAAGGGCGAUUCUAUGAAGACUUUUACAAAGUGGUUGUGCAGAAUGAGAGAAGAGAAGAAUGGACUUCACUUCUAGUGACCAUUAAAAAGCUCUUCAUCCAGUAUCCAGUUUUGGUGCGACUGGAACAGGCAGAGGGCUUUCCUCAAGGAGAUAAUUCUACCUCAGCACAAGGAAACUACCUAGAGGCCAUCAAUCUGUCAUUCAAUGUGUUUGACAAGCACUAUAUCAACCGCAACUUUGACCGGACUGGGCAGAUGUCUGUGGUGAUCACGCCUGGGGUGGGUGUCUUUGAAGUGGACCGCCUACUCAUGAUUUUGACCAAGCAACGGAUGAUAGAUAAUGGAAUUGGUGUAGACUUGGUGUGCAUGGGAGAGCAACCCUUACAUGCUGUCCCAUUGUUCAAGCUACACAAUCGGAGUGCUCCUCGAGAUUCUCGGCUGGGUGAUGACUAUAAUAUUCCUCAUUGGAUAAACCACAGUUUCUACACAUCCAAAAGCCAGCUUUUUUGUAACAGUUUCACCCCACGAAUUAAACUGGCCGGAAAGAAGCCUGCCUCUGAAAAAGCAAAAAAUGGACGUGAUACAUCUCUUGGGACUCCAAAAGAAUCUGAGAAUGCCCUUCCAAUCCAAGUAGAUUAUGAUGCCUACGAUGCUCAAGUGUUCAGGCUGCCUGGCCCAUCCCGGGCUCAGCGCCUCGCCACCUGCAGGUCUGUGCGGGAGCGGGAGAAUCACAAUCGCAAGAGUGCCAGCUCUUGUGAUGUCUCAUCCAGUCCUUCCCUUCCGAGCCGUGCACUACCCACUGAGGAAGUAAGAAGCCAGGCUUCUGACGACAGUUCCCUGGGCAAAAGUGCCAACAUCCUGAUGAUCCCACAUCCCCACCUGCACCAGUAUGAAGUCAGCAGCUCCUUGGGCUACACCAGCACUCGAGAUGUCCUGGAGAACAUGAUGGAGCCACCACAGCGAGACUCCAGUGCACCAGGGAGGUUUCAUGUAGGCAGUGCAGAGUCCAUGCUACAUGUUCGACCUGGUGGAUACACACCCCAGAGAGCGCUGAUUAACCCCUUUGCCCCCUCACGGAUGCCUAUGAAGCUCACGUCCAAUAGAAGACGUUGGAUGCACACUUUUCCUGUGGGACCAUCUGGAGAGGCCAUUCAGAUCCAUCAUCAGACCCGGCAGAAUAUGGCGGAGCUGCAGGGCAGUGGGCAGAGGGAUCCAACUCACUCCUCUGCAGAGCUGUUGGAGUUAGCAUAUCAUGAAGCAGCUGGAAGGCACAGCACUUCCCGCCAGCCUGGUGACAGCUUGUCCUUCUUGAACUUCAGUGGAACAGAAGAACUUUCUGUCAGCCUGCUUAGCAACAGUGGUGCAGGUACGAAUCCUAGGAUUCAGAAUAAGGAUUCUCUAGAGGACAAUGUUUCUACCUCUCCAGACCCAAUUCUGACACUGUCUGCUCCCCCUGUAGUGCCAGGCUUCUGUUGCACAGUUGGAGUGGACUGGAAGUCUCUCACUACUCCGGCAUGCCUCCCCCUCACCACCGACUACUUCCCCGACCGCCAGGGCCUGCAGAAUGACUAUACGGAAGGCUGCUAUGAUCUCCUGCCAGAAGCAGACAUGGACAGGAGGGAUGAAGAUGGUGUGCAGAUGACAGCCCAACAGGUGUUUGAAGAGUUCAUUUGCCAGCGCCUCAUGCAGGGUUACCAAAUCAUAGUGCAGCCCAAGGCACAGAAACCCAACCCCGCUGUUCCACCCCCAUUGAGCAGUAGCCCACUCUAUAGUCGAGGCCUUGUGUCCCGAAAUCGCCCUGAGGAGGAGGACCAGUAUUGGUUGAGUAUGGGCAGAACUUUCCACAAAGUGACACUGAAGGACAAGAUGAUCACAGUAACUCGAUACCUUCCCAAGUAUCCUUAUGAAUCUGCCCAGAUCCACUAUACCUACAGCCUGUGUCCUUCACACUCAGACUCAGAGUUUGUUUCCUGUUGGGUGGAAUUCUCUCAUGAGCGGCUAGAGGAGUACAAGUGGAAUUACUUAGAUCAGUAUAUUUGUUCUGCGGGCUCUGAGGAUUUCAGCUUAAUUGAAUCUCUGAAGUUCUGGAGGACCCGCUUUCUGCUUUUGCCGGCCUGUGUCACUGCCACCAAGCGCAUCACAGAGGGGGAGGUCCACUGUGACAUCUAUGGGGAUAGACCCCGUGCUGAUGAGGAUGAGUGGCAGCUCCUGGAUGGCUUUAUCCGCUUUGUGGAGGGUUUGAACCGGAUCCGCAGGCGGCAUCGCUCAGAUCGCAUGAUGCGGAAAGGAACUGCCAUGAAAGGCUUGCAGAUGACUGGGCCCAUUUCCACACACUCCCUUGAGUCUACAGGUCCCACUGCUGGGAAGAAAACCUCAGCUCUGUCUGCCCUGCUAGAGAUGGAGGCCAGUCAGAAGUGUCUGGGAGAACAGCAGGCAGCUCUGCACAGUGGAAAAAGCUCUACCCAAUCAGCUGAGAGCAGCAGUGUUGCAAUGACUCCCACCUAUGUGGACAGCCCACGAAAGGAUGGGGCCUUCUUUAUGGAGUUUGUCCGCAGUCCACGCACAGCAUCAUCUGCCUUCUACCCUCAGGUAUCUCUGGAACAAACUGUCAUUCCGGUGUUGGAUAACACCAGUUUGGGGGUAAGCACAGGUCAAUCUGUGGACAGAGGCAACAGCCAGACCUUUGGGAACGCUCAGAACAUAGGAGAACAGGCCUUUCCAUCUGCAAACUCUAGUGACAGCAGUUCUCAGCAGCAGGCAGCAAGCUCCUUGACAUCAUCUUCCACCCUGGCAGAGAUCCUGGAAGCCAUGAAGCACCCCUCGACAGGAGUUCAGUUGCUCUCUGAACAGAAGGGCCUCUCGCCAUGCUGCUUUAUCAGUGCUGAGGUAGUGCACUGGCUGAUGAACAAUGUGGAUGGGGUCCAGACGCAGGCAAUGGCCACUGACAUCAUGCAGAAAAUGCUGGAAGAACAGCUCAUCAUGCAUGCAUCUGGUGAAGCCUGGCGGACCUUCAUCUACGGUUUCUAUUUCUACAAGAUAGUAAUGGACAAAGAGCCCGACCGAGUGGCCAUGCAGCAACCCACUGCCACCUGGCACACUGUAGGCGUGGAUGACUUUGCCAGUUUCCAGCGCAAGUGGUUUGAGGUUGCCUUUGUGGCAGAAGAGCUCUUGCACUCUGAGAUUCCUGCCUUUCUCCUACCCUGGCUGCCCAGCCGGCCAGCCUCCUAUGCUAGCAGGCAUAGCUCCUUUAGCCGCAGUUUUGGAGGACGGAGCCAGGCAGCUGCACUUUUAGCUGCCACUGUCCCAGAGCAGAGGACUGUGACCCUGGAUGUUGACGUGAACAACCGUACAGACCGGCUGGAGUGGUGCAGCUGUUACUACCAUGGUAACUUCUCCUUGAAUGCAGCCUUUGAGAUCAAGCUACACUGGAUGGCAGUGACUGCCGCUGUGCUGUUUGAGAUGGUCCAAGGUUGGCAUCGAAAAGCUACCUCCUGUGGCUUUUUGUUGGUACCAGUAUUGGAGGGUCCUUUUGCACUUCCCAGCUACUUGUAUGGCGAUCCCCUGCGAGCCCAGCUCUUCAUCCCGCUCAAUAUCAGCUGCUUACUCAAGGAGGGCAGUGAACACCUGUUUGAUAGCUUUGAACCAGAAACAUAUUGGGAUCGAAUGCAUCUUUUUCAGGAAGCCAUUGCACACAGGUUUGGAUUUGUACAAGAUAAAUAUUCUGCCUCUGCAUUUAACUUCCCUGCUGAGAACAAGCCUCAGUAUAUCCAUGUUACAGGAACAGUGUUUCUGCAGCUGCCCUACUCCAAGCGCAAGUUCUCAGGGCAGCAGAGGCGGCGGCGGAACUCCACCAGCUCCACCAACCAAAACAUGUUCUGUGAGGAACGAGUUGGCUAUAACUGGGCCUAUAACACCAUGCUUACCAAGACUUGGCGCUCUAGUGCCACAGGGGAUGAGAAGUUUGCAGAUAGGCUGCUGAAAGACUUCACAGAUUUCUGCAUCAACCGUGACAACCGACUGGUUAUGUUCUGGACGAGUUGCCUGGAGAAGAUGCAUGCCAGCGCCCCAUGAAGCCAGGCCAUACAGGGCUCAGAAGGCUAUGCACAUGCUGGGGGCCAAGGGUUCAGGUCAGGCUCUGGGUGUCAGGUGUCAGUUUGCCUCUGCUGGUGUGUAGGGGCCCUAACUUUUUUGGGCUCCCACAAGUAUUCUAUUCUAGAGAAGAAAGACUUGGGCAGUGGCUGCUACUGCCACCACCACCCAGCUCCCAUCAAUAAGUGCCCAAAGCAGGUGGGAGGCACAGAUUGUCCAUGGGAGGGCUUUAGUAUCUGGCAAAGGGGGCAAACAGUCCCUAUGAAUGUCUUUGGAGAAGGGGUGUUCCUGUUAGUAUCAUUUUCCUCCACCAUCCAUGGACAAUUGGAACAGAAUCUGCUGCUUCCUGCCCAGGAGUAUGCACUGUGUGUAAGAGAAUUCUGUGAAAUAAUGUACCAUAGACUCGAGCCAACUAUAUAUACCUGUACAUACCCGAAGGAAAUAAAGCUCCAUGUGCAGCAUCUCUAUUGCCAGCCUCAUUCCUGGCAGCAAAACCCCCACAUGGAGUGGGAAGUUGUGCCUGGUCUAUGCAGUAACCACAGAUGAUGAAGACUUCAGAAUGGACUUCCUCAGAGAGGGGCUGUGAGUUAACUAAAAGAUUUGUUUUCAUAGGCCCUUGGGCAGAAGUAAGGUUGCUUCUGAUCAAGACUAGUGAGCAGAUAGUACCAUACAAUAGGUAACUAACUGUACACUUUUGCUAUUGAAGAUGGAUCUUGCUGAGUAUACCCCAUUCUGGCAUGCAGACAUCAUGGCAUUCUGAAAAAAUGUCUAAAUGCCUCUAUUUAAUUCAACUUCAGUUUGGGUCCUACCAUUUAACAGGACAUAUCUCAGCAUCAUGCCUCAAAUGAUGGGCUGGGGGGCUGCCGUGUGGGGUUUGGGGGUCUCACAGGUGGGAGGGACGAUGGUAGCCACUUCUUCCUCUUCCAUCUCUCCACGUGGAGUUAAUCACUUGCCCUGUUUAUUUAUCUCCUCGAUACCUUACAAAUCCAUCCAUUUCUUCCCAGGCCUUUGAAAUCCAGGUCUCCUUUGCCUUUAUCUUACAUUCCUAGGAAAACUUAACUUGCCUCUGCUUUUGCUUCUGGCCAUUUUUUACUAGGAAGUAGGGGGCAUUUUUUUAAAAACCACUCCAAUUUUGUCUGCCACUUAUUUUAGAAUUCUUUGAUGACUUGAACUUCAAAAACCAUAGAUUCAGUCUAUGGAUGUAGCUCAGUGGUAAAGUGCUUGCUUGCCUAGCAUGUUCUAGGCCUUGGGUUUGAUCCCUAGCACUGCCCAAAACAAGAAUUUGGCCUGCCCAACCUGCUCUCUGGGCUAUUUCUAGAGCUACCCUUGCCAUUAUUCAGUCCCUAGAACUUAGACUUGACCAACUCAGAACCUUUGUACACAAGAUCCAUCUGAACUUUUUGCAGCUCCUAAGGCGUAUUUGAGAGAACGGUUUUGUUAAUACAUGUGAAGAUGUAGUGGUUAAUUCCUGACCUGGAGCCUUUUCCCCCCUUUCCUUCCCUUGGACAAACCAUUGCUCCUUUUCAUCUAUAAAAUAAGAAGCUAUAUCUUGGGGUAGUUGGAGGAGCCAAAGAUAGAUGGAUGUGAAAGGAUUUACUAACGAGAGGUAAUAACAGUGAUUUGCUCUCUGGUGGCUCUUCUCACAUUCCUGGAUAGGAGUCUUCUUCAUGCUCUCAAGCCAGCUUCCUGAGUGAUAAGUGCUGGCACAGCUGUUGGUGCUCUGUUCACACCAUAUAGAAUGACCACUGGUGUUCCUCAGUAUCCAGUGUAUGAGGCUAUCAUUUGCCCCUACUUUCUGCCACUCUUCCAGAGAUGAUCCAGGAGAACAGGGACAGAGAGUGAUCUGGCAGAAGAAUGGGCAGCUGGUGAGUUAGGAUACUGUGUCAUUUUUCUGUCAGAGCUGGACCCCAAACACACUGGCCCAUGAACCCCAGCUUCCUGCUUGUUUGCAUUCCUCUUUUUUUUUUUUUUUUUUGGUAUCAAGGGUUGAAUUCAGGGGUAUUUAACCACUGAGCCAUAUCCCUAGCCCUUUUUAUUUUGAGGCAGGGUUCUUGCUAAGUUGCUUAGGGCCUUGCUAAGUUGUUGAGGAUGGCUUUGAAGUUGUGAUUCUUGUGCCUUAGCCUCCCAAACUGCUGGGAUUACAAGUGUGUACCACAGUGCACCUGGCCUCUGCAUUUCGCUUUUUGAUGGGUAUUUCCUCCCACCCACUUCUGCUAGCCAGAAUCUUGAAUCUUAAUUCAGUGUCUUCCUCUUCCAUCAUCAUUCAGUUUUCCCACCUAUCCAUCUAAACUUUUUCUCCGACCUGCCCACCUCCUUUCAUCCCUGCUGCCCAGGUGCUGAGAAUGGAUGAUUUGGUUAAACAUUGAUAUGGUUUGAAUGUAUCCCCUGCCUCCAAAUUUCAUUUGUAGUAUCAUUAAAAUUUGGGUGGUAGGGCUUUUGGAAUGUACUAAGGAUUAAAUGAGAUCAUGAGGGUGGGGCCCCAAGGAUGGCAUUGGUGACUUUAUAGAGGUGGAAGUGAGACCCCAGCUAGCAUGUUAUCUCUGUCUUGUCAUGUGAUGAUGCUCUUUGUUCUGUUGUGAUGUAGCAAGAAGGUUAGUAUAAUGCUCUUGGAUCUUAGUGUCCAGAACCAGGAGCCAAAUAAACUUUUAUUCUUUAUAAAUUACCUAAAUUUGGGUAUUUUGUUUUGGCAACAGAAAACAAACUAAGAUGUAUGGCAGAUGUGUGCAUUCAGACCAGGUGUAUGUAUAGAUGUGGAUAACCAUGCCUUGGUAUAGAUGAAAAAGUAGCGGAUUUGGCAAGAGGACCUGGGUUUGAAUUUCAACCUUGCCAUUUGUUAGCUGCAAAAAUUUGGGAUGGUCUGUCUCCUGAGCCUAUUUCUUCAUUUCUUCCCUUUCUCCUCAACCCCUGUACACACACACACCCACACACACCCCUCCUAUUGUUGCUCUUUUAUGCAGUGACAUUGUACUUAUCUGCUGACCAUUUCAGCUCACUUGGCUGGGUAUUUCCUGAAGGCAGGUACCAGACCACCAGUCUCUGUGUAUCUCCCUUGCACUAUAAAUUCUGGUGUAUACAUUUAACAAUACUUGCCAUUAAUUUCUAUUUCCUAUUUCCAUUUCUGCUUAGACAUGAAAAGCAUCUAGUCAAACCCUGGGAUAGGUUCUGCAAAACUUACCUGUUAUGUGUUCAUGGUUCCCUUUGCAGCUGGUACCCUUGUGCGAACUCCUUAGAUUAGAGGGCAUUACAGGGCAGGGCCCCUCUUAGGUGAUUGGGUCAGUCUGUGGCACUUUGUGAAACUGGAUCAAAGGCCCCUCUGCCUGUUCCACUCAUGAGUCUGCUCAAGCUGUAAGACUGGCAAAUCCUACCACUGCAGGACUGGCUGCGUACUUUGCCAUAGGCUGCUAUGGUUUGAAUUGGUCCUAGAGUUCAUGUAUUUGAAACAUAAUUCUCUGUGUAGCAGGGUUGAGAAAUGGGAUGCUUCAGAAGCCAUUUGCUCAUAAAGACUCUACAGUCAUGGGGCUGGGGUUGUAGCUCAAUGGUAGAGCGCUUGCCUCGCAUGCAUGAGGCCCUGGGUUCAAUCCUCAGCACCACAUAAAAAUAAAGAUAUUGUGUCCACUAAACAAAAACAAAAACAAACAACUCUAUAGUCAUGAGGGGUUACUACUGUUACUAUGGGAGUGGGUUGUUUAUUGCUAGAAUUGGGAUUCUUAGAAAGGUGAAUUCAGCCCUCUCUUGUCCUCUUGCUUUGUGCCACAAGAUGACACAGGAGAGAGGGCCUCACUAGAUACUAGUACCUUCACAUUGAUCUUUUUGAUUCUUGAACUAAUAAAUUUAUCUUCUUUAUAAAUUA